GAGCGAUUUUAGUAGUGCCGUGACUUUCAAUCGUUGCACUGAGUGUGAUUACGGGCAUUCUGGGGACGGGUUUAUUCCGUGAUUAUUGCGAUCGUGUUUAUCAUGCCGUGCGGAGAAAUCGAUUCCAAGAAAUCUAUCUGGAUUCGAGAUUGUUGGCAAGGAUUGUGAUAAAAAUAAUAAAUCAAAUAAGCUUAAGAGGGUGAUAUCAGUAAAGAUUGAAAUCGUGCCGUGAUUUUCCUGAAAACGAUUGCAUUACUGUGACGAACGCGGAGGGCAGUGAUUCGGGUGUUGAGAGAUAAAAAGAGAGCAGUGCGCCUACGAGCAUGGGCGAGAGAAAGAGAGAGAGCGAGAAUCCGGAAACAAAAGAAUAGACUUCGUGUCCUUCCUGUGAAGAGUGUUGACCGUACGCUAGUGGGAAUCGGAGGAACAAUUCGAAGGGAAAAAGAAAAUCAAUAAAUUUCAUUCAAGGUUAUUCACAUCGCGCACAGCCUGAGCCGAAAGCUGAAUAAUAUAUUUCUGCAAACCACAAUAACAAUUUGCGAAAGGACAACAGAAGCAGAGCAGUACAAAUCCCUGCAGGACACGAAAGGAAAUCAAGAGCUUCUACCGAAGUGACAGCCAACCGAAUGGAAACGGACAGGCACACAGAUAUUUCUUAACAUCUUCUAUAUUUCGAUUCCCAGUAAAGCGGAAGCUUCACCAUUGGAGAAAAACUGCAAAAAUAGAUAUCUGUUUUGCCACAACAAACAGACAACGCAAGAAAACGUGACAAAAUUUUCCUUGUGAUUGCUUUCCGUUUCCUCAGCUUCCCCGAAUCCACCGAGUCCUCGCGGAAACUCUGCCAAACGGUUAAGUUGUUUUGCUGAAUGUUCCUCGACCCGGUGCAGAGAAAAUACUACGCCAGCCGAAUGGAAAAUGUAGAUUUAAUUUCGAUUUUCGUGUGAAGUUUUUCGCCUCAGAGCAGCUGCAGAAGAAACGGGUCAAAUUCAAAUUUCUUGGCACGGACUUAUCGAGAGGGGGGCCUGACGAUGGUCGUCGCGUGUUAACCUGAAGCAUCCCAAGAACUGCAAAAGGGUUCAGAAGCGUGCAUCCGACGACGGAAGGAAUCCAAACAAGCCAUGGCUAGAAAACAUGUUCGUCGGGCUUGUUUCGUUGCAGUAAAUCGAGGCGCGUCUUCGAAACGGUGAAUCUACGCGAGUGAAACAGGAGUUUUAUUUGAGAAUUAUCAAGUGAGUGGUGAAUAUUUUUGGGGAGUGAUAUUUGCUAAAAAAUGGGAAACAGCAAAAUGCGAAAAUCCACCAGAAUGGUGCGAUGCUUCCAGUGCUUACUUGUGGCGUGGAGUUGGCAGCUAGGAAUCGGCGGGAGUAAUUGGGAUCAUAUAAUGGACUUUGAUCAAAACUAUCGAUUGCUAUGGACUUCAACCAGUAAGGAUAUAACGUUCGAGGUGCAAAGUCGGACCCAGGGAUUUGUGGGUUUGGGGUUCUCUCGGGAUGGAACGCUAGCGGAUUCGGAUAUCGUUGUCGGCUGGAUGGAUGAUGGACAGGCCCAAUUUCAGGACCGUCACAUACGAGCCGGCAGUGAUGGUGAUCCAAUCAUCGAUCCCUCCCAAGACUACACUCUGCUGAGCUUGUAUCAAAACCAAACGCACACAGUGAUGAGAUUCAAGCGGAAUCUGAAUACCUGUGACAACAAGGAUGACUUUCCAAUUACGAAUGAUACAAUGAGAGUGAUAUUUAUGUACUCGAAGCAGAAGCCACAAAAGGGAUCCCUAGCGCUGCCGGAUCCGCUGGAGGCAUUCAAAGGAUCCCGGUCGGUUUUUCUGACCCAGAGGACUAAUCAGCAUCUGCUGACGAACGAAGCUGAUAUCAAUAUUCUGGAGUUGAGGAACAUGGAUGUAGAACUUCCGGAGAGUGACGAGAGUUUGUACUGGUGUAAAAUCUUCAAACUGGAUGACUUUCACCAAAAACAUCACUUGAUUCGGUACGAACCGGUAUUUGAUUCAUCGACCAGCGUGCUUUUCCUAAAUCACAUGAUCCUGUACGAGUGCCAAGGACUUUCUAAUGAGCUCGAAAUGUUAUCCAGGCGGCAUGGACAACCCUGUUUCCAGAUAAAGGCAACGCACUGCAACACCGUCGUAGCCAACUGGGCACGUGGAUCUGACGGCUUCAGCUUCCCACAGGAAGCCGGUUACCCGCUGGACUCCCAUCAAGCCACGUAUUACUUGCUGGAAACGCACUACAACAAUCCGGACUAUUCGUAUGAUUUCUCGUCGUUCUACCGGAAGAAUCUGAGCAAGCAGCAACGCAAUAUGAAGAUCCACAACGGUGAGGAUGAAGCUGCUGAUGAUGCCGAUAACUACGAUGAAGACCGGGAAAACCAAGACGACUACCGGGACGACGGUAGCGAACCGGAGGCCGAGCAGCAGGUGGUUGAUAAUUCCGGCCUCAAGCUGUACUACACGCAAUCAUUGCGGAAUUUCGAUGCCGGUGUCUUGUCGGUGGGAAUAGAUCCAAACUGGCGCCACAUCAUCCCGCCCGGCCAGGAGAAGGUAGUUUCCGAAGGGCACUGCAUCGGAGCGUGCACCCAGCAAAGCUUCCCCCAGGAGGGAAUUAAUAUUUUCGCCGUGAUGACGCGCACUCAUCUCAUCGGACGGCAGGUGAAGCUGAGACAGAUUCGUGGAAACGAGGAACUCCAACCGAUUGUGCAUGACACCAACGUCGAUCCGAGCUAUCAGGACUACCGAUGGCUGCCGACGCCGGUGAAGGCACUCCCCGGUGACAGCCUGAUUGCCGAAUGUAUCUAUGACAGCUCUUCGCGGAAAUCCAUUACCCUGGGUGGCAUGACAACUCGGGAGGAAAUCUGUCUUGUCCUUACGCUUUAUUACCCGAGACAGCAGGCACUGACAUCCUGUCACUCACUGCCAAGCUUGCCGACGGUGCUGCACUCGCUGGGAAUUCAGGAGCUGGCUUCUGGAUCCAAUCCGGUGGAAAUCUCGUCACCUCCGGAGUUGGCCGGAAUGACCCUGGAGAAGCGGCUCAUCUCGUACGAUUGGGCCAAUCAGUUCGAAAACUUCCAGUACGUGACCCGACUGGGAUCCUUCAAGCCGAUGUGCUGGGCCAAUGCCAUGCUGCCGGGUAUUGAAAUGGAAUCGUACGUAAGCAACAUCACCCGCCACUGGGAACCCGUGGACACCUGCCGCAACAUCCACACCAAUAUGAUCUCCGAGCCGGUGCAAGACGGAAGCGAACCCAACAUGAUCGAUAUGCCAGCAAUGGAUGACCAUGAAAGUACCAACCUGAUCGACACGGAACUGAAAGCCAAGGUAACUCCCCGACCGGGGGGAUCCACGUAUUCCCAAGGUGGUAAUCGUCCAACAUCAGGACGCAGCAGCGGUUCCAGCGAACACGGAUCGGUUCUGCGAAUCGUAAUGGCCACCGCAAUGCUCGCCGCUACAAGCAGCAUUGUAAACAGAUUAAUUUAAUUAAAACGGAAACUGACCAUACACCACCCCUUAUCAUGGUGAAGAUUAAACUGUUUUGUAAGAAUCACUUCAAAAACGGCAGAUGUGAACUGAAAGCAAAAUAAUUAGAUCCGAUAGGAUCCGAAAAGCGGACGUUGACCGCGGAAGCCGAAAUUAGAAUAGUUGCAAAUCUGAAACCCUGCACAAAAAUGGAUUCGAACGGUUGCGAUUUUAUUACAGUUUCGGAAUACCGAUGAUGAAAAGGAAUUUGAUUGCUCUAGUGAAACAAAAAAAAAACAUAAAACGAGAUGAAACAAAUUCGAGAAGCAAUAAAGGUACCGAGUGGUGUAGCAAUUUGACUGCUAGAAAAUAUGAAAUAUUUGUUGUAGAAACGUGAUUCGGCAUACCUACAUGAAAAAUAGUAAUCAUCCUCCGUGGUAUCGUUAGCGUGGGCGAGUGAAACCAUUUGCGUCGUGUAAAUACCAGUACUAACGUUUGGCGGAUAUAUUUCAAAGCGAACAAACCUGAGAACAAUUUUGUAUCGAAUCGUGUUAUCAACGGAACCGUGUGUAGACUAAUUACAGUAUGGCGUAUGCUAGUUACCAAAUAGAUUCGGCGAUAUUUGGAAUAGCCGCAUGACUUGUAUCAUAGUGUAUAGCGAAGUGAUAGAAAUUGACCAUUAAAUAGAAAUAUAUCAAUGCAAACAUCAGAACAUGAUUUGUUGUUUGGCAUCCGAUUCAAUAGUCAAACAAAUUAUAAGUACGGGAAGUAACUCUCAUCAACCUUCCGUAGAUAACGAAUAGAUAACUCAAUUGUCAACAAGCAAAACAAAGUUUAAGUAACCAUUCCACGUCCUUGCAAGCUAGCCACGAAACCAAUAAGCAGAAUCUAAUGGAAAAAAUCAAAUAAAU